AUAAUUUUUUUGAGAUAAGGGCAGAUAAGUAAAUAAUCAGAAAAUGGACAAUAAACCGUCACUAAGCCAGUAUUUUGGCGAGACGGAAGUGCCUCCCGCCUCCCAGUUCUUCGACGAAAUCGGGACAUCACCCUCUGAUAUGAUACAAAGCGUUUACCUGGGCGAAAGUGAAGUUAGUCAACCAGCAGCAUCUAAUCUGUUUCCCACAAAUAUGACGGCCUCUUUCUCUCAGUUGAAAGUGAGCGAUGAGCUGAAGUUUGGUAGCGUAGUGCCGACCGUGAGCGGUACGACAGCGCUGCCGGCGACUAGCCUGCCGGACCCCUCGACGUUCUUCGACACGAUAGGGCCGGAGCCACAAAUGGCGAUGAGUGGAAUUGCUACUCCCAGCAUAUUGACUGAGGCAAUUGACGGUCUUGCUGUUAAGGACCAGCCUGUGGACAAGGAGGCAGACCGGCGCAGAGACGCGUGGAUACCAAGCGAUGAAGCUAAAAAAGUCUUACUCAAGGCUCAAUCUUCGCCAAAAGGAGCCUUCUUCCCGGAGAGAGAGGCCCUCACGUUGCCCGGAGUCAUCUUUGAGGAGGAACUGCCGGACGCGCUGCACGCGGUGGCCGUGAAGUACCUCGGCGUGGGCGGCGCCGCGCGCGGCGGCAUGUGGCGCGCCGACGCGGGCCGCGGAGACGCGGGGCUCCGCGAGCUGCUCCGUGCUGGCUGUCUGCGUGCCGCCGUCAAUCUAACCCAUACGCUGCUGGCUCAGCACAAACAAGGCGCGGGUCGCGCCGGCCGGCCGCCCGGCGCGCGGCACUCGGCGCGCUCGCUGCAGCUGUGGCUGGCGCGCUUCUGCGCCAUGCUGCGCGUGCGCCUCGCCGCGCACGCGGCCCGCGAGGCAGAGGCCUUCGGGGACUGUGGCCAGCCUGACAUGUACUACGAAUUCUACCCGGAUCAGUACGAGAACCGGACGGGGUCGCUGGUGCCGUUCGCGCUGCGGCUCCUCGUGGCGGAGCUGCCGGCGCACGCGGGGCAGCCCGACCAGGCUCUCCCGCGACUCUACGCGGUGCUGGCGGUGGUGCAGCAGAUGUUGUCGAACCUGAACGCGGGUAAGACGGAGGACGGCACGGCCGCGCUGCCGUCCGAGCAGGACCGCGCCGAGUCGCUGCGGCUGUGGAGCGGGAGAGAGACGCGCGUGCAACACUCCAUAGCCAACUGCGCCAUCGCUCUCAAGGACUACCGGCUAGCCAGUAAGAUUAUCUCCGGCCUGCAAGAGCGGGCUUCGAGUCCGGCGCAGCAGCGAGCGCUGGCGAGCGCGCUGUGCCGCCUGUGGCUGCUCGGCGGACACUGCAGAGCAGCCGCCAGACACCUGCAGGAGGCCAGAGACUUGAGACAACAUUUAUGCCCUACGCCCGACGUGCGCGAGUACGUGGACCUCGGCCUGCUCGAGGUGGCGCAGGGCCGCUACAAGGAGGCCUACGACAACUUCAUCAAGGCCAACGACCAGGAGCCCACCAACAUCAUGGUGGCCAACAACCUGUCGGUGUGCCUGCUGUACCUGGGGCGGCUGCAGGAGGCCAUCGCGGUGCUGCAGGGCGCCGUGCACUCGGCGCCCGAGCGCGGGCUCAGCGAGCGCCUGCUGCUCAACCUGUGCACGCUGUACGAGCUCGAGUCUUCCCGCAACAUGGACAAGAAGCUCGACCUGCUGCGGAUGCUGUGCAAGUAUAAGAGCGACACUAUCCCUAAUGUUAUGGAGUGUUUGAAACUUACUUAAAUAUCAACUUUACACACCGUAUACGAUGGAAACUUAAAUAUUCGUACCGCGUAAAAGCUAAAAUCUUUGAAGAGUAAAAUCUGAAUCGGUUGACGAUACCACAAUAUAUUAAAGAGUACUACCGUACAGGAUGGCCACUCCCGCUCCCUGCCGAAAGUGCCGCCCGUCCCCUCUCGGUUACCUCACAGUUACCGCCUAUCAAAAACGCGAACAGUCCCACCCACCCUCAUACAAACAUAGUACGCGUUCACCUACACGAGCUCAGAAUGUGUGCUAGGAACGCGCCUCUUUCAUAUAUUUGAUCGCCAGUGUCCGAGAUGUGACAGUACUAUGUAAAUAUUAGAGCGAUACAAGUCCAUAUGUUUUGGGGUGUCUGAAACUCGGUCAGGAUCGGGAUGGACAUAAAGUGUUCGAAAGACAAUGGUGUUGUACAUGAUUGCAAUAAAUGAAAUGAAUAAAUAAAAAACCGGCCAAGAGCGUGUCGGGCCACGCUCAGUGUAGGGUUCCGUAGUUUUCCGUAUUUUUCUCAAAAACUACUAAACCUAUGAAGUUCAAAACAAUUUUC